GCCCGGGCCGCCGCCUUCCGGCCCCGCCUCCUCCCAGACAUCCUCCCGGGAGGCGGCGGGAACCCGCGGGGCGGAAAAGUCAGCCACCCGCCCGCAGGCCGGUUCCAGGGCUCCCCGGGGAAGCGGGAAACCAGACGCAGAGCCAAGAUGACUGAGGUUCUCUGCAGAAAACGUGAUGAUUAUUUGGAAUGGCCUGAAUAUUUCAUGGCUGUGGCUUUCUUAUCUGCCCAGAGAAGCAAAGAUCCUAAUUCUCAGGUUGGAGCCUGCAUCGUGAAUGCAGAAAACAAGAUCGUGGGAAUUGGGUACAAUGGGAUGCCAAAUGGCUGCAGCGAUGACCUGCUGCCUUGGAGGAGGACAGCGGAGAGUAAACUGGACACCAAGUAUCCUUACGUGUGCCAUGCAGAGCUGAAUGCAAUCAUGAACAAAAACUCAGCGGACGUGAAAGGCUGCACCAUGUAUGUUGCCUUGUUCCCGUGUAAUGAAUGUGCUAAGCUCAUCAUCCAGGCAGGAAUAAAAGAAGUUAUUUUCAUGUCUGAUAAAUACCACGAUAGUGAUGAGACAACAGCUGCGAGGCUUAUGUUUAAACUUGCUGGGGUUACCUUCAGGAAAUUCACACCCAAGUGCAGCAAGAUUGUCAUUGACUUUGAUUCAAUUAACAGCAGACCAAGUCAGAAGCCUCAGUGAGUUACAUCUCAUUAAAUCUCCUGAAGAGUGGGAUUCUCUUCUAAGAAGCUGCUAAUGCCUUUCAUCUGGAAGUUACACAUAACUUUUUUAAUAGCUGCUGCAGCUGAAGUAGACAUCUAAAGGGUCUAGAGCCUCAAAUCUGCCUCUCUAUCUUGUCACAGGCACUCUGCAUCUGUGGAAGCUAUUGAUUUAGGACUAAACAUAAAGGAACUUGCAAAUGAUUGGGUUGCAUGGGGCCGGGCAUGAGGGUGUCUCCCCUUGUUGUCCUCUGAGUUUAUCAGAAUACUGGUGCCUCUGGAGCCAGGGAUUCAUUCUCUGCAUUUUAGCCCCACUUCCCCACUGCCUGUGCUGGAAGGACAAAUAAAUAAUCGUUGUUAUCUUCCUGGCGGGAUGAGCAGGCAUACUGAUGUGAACAUCUGGCCCAAAUGAAGCAGAACAUGUAGUGUCCCCUUGGAAAAAGAAGAAG